CAGAAAACUGUUAUUUUAUGAGCAAAUAAGAAAAACAGGAGUCAUGAUGGGGAUGUAUUUAACAGACCCAGUCCUGGAUAAAACUUAAAGCCAGUUUCUCUUCAACAUAGUGAAAAGGUCACCUUGCCUGGCUGAGAAAAGCAGCAAAAUAUCAGCUUGUCGGCUGCUGUUAGCAUCCUAGCUCUGGCUAGCCUCUUUUCCUUGAUGUUCAAGCCAGUUUGGGAUAUCUAGCUCUAAAGAGAGACAUCCUGUACUCAUGGUAGAUGAUAAGGAAAACAACAUGAAAUGUCUCACCUUCUUCUUGAUGCUUCCAGAGACAGUAAAGAACAGGUCCAAGAAAGGCUCAAAGAAAGCAAGUGGCAGCAGCGGUGGCAGCGGCAGCGGCAGCAGUGGCAGCAAGUUGCCCCCAGUUUGUUAUGAAAUAAUUACCUUGAAGACUAAAAAGAAGAAGAAGAUGGCUGCUGAUAUAUUCCCCCGUAAGAAACCAGCCAACUCCAGCAGCAGCACUGUCCAGCAGUUCCACCAGCAGAAUCUCAGUAACAACAAUGUCAUCCCAGCCCCCAACUGGCAGGGUCUCUACCCCACUAUUAGAGAAAGAAAUGCGGUGAUGUUCAAUAAUGAUUUGAUGGCAGAUGUACAUUUUGUGGUUGGGCCACCAGGUGGGACUCAGCGGUUGCCAGGACACAAAUAUGUCUUAGCUGUCGGGAGCUCUGUGUUCCAUGCAAUGUUUUAUGGAGAACUUGCUGAGGACAAAGAUGAAAUCCGAAUACCAGAUGUUGAACCUGCUGCUUUUCUCGCCAUGCUGAAAUACAUCUAUUGUGACGAAAUUGACUUGGCUGCUGACACAGUGCUGGCCACGCUGUAUGCUGCCAAAAAGUACAUAGUCCCUCACCUUGCCAGAGCCUGUGUUAAUUUCCUGGAGACCAGCCUGAGUGCCAAGAACGCCUGUGUGCUCCUCUCUCAGAGCUGCCUGUUCGAGGAGCCAGACCUGACCCAACGCUGCUGGGAGGUGAUUGAUGCCCAGGCCGAGUUAGCUCUCAAAUCUGAGGGUUUCUGCGACAUUGACUUCCAGACACUAGAAAGUAUCCUCCGCAGGGAAACUCUGAAUGCCAAAGAAAUUGUAGUUUUUGAGGCGGCCCUCAAUUGGGCUGAGGUAGAAUGCCAGCGACAAGAUCUGGCCCUGAGCAUUGAAAACAAACGCAAGGUGCUGGGAAAGGCCCUUUACUUGAUUCGCAUCCCCACCAUGGCGCUGGAUGAUUUUGCAAAUGGUGCUGCGCAGUCUGGAGUAUUAACUCUUAACGAGACCAAUGACAUCUUCCUCUGGUAUACUGCAUCUAAAAAACCCGAGCUGCAGUUUGUGAGUAAAGCCCGCAAGGGCCUCGUCCCCCAGCGCUGUCACCGUUUCCAGUCAUGUGCCUAUCGGAGCAACCAGUGGCGCUAUCGGGGUCGCUGUGACAGUAUCCAGUUUGCAGUGGAUAAGAGGGUGUUCAUCGCUGGCUUUGGGCUGUACGGUUCCAGCUGUGGCUCUGCCGAGUACAGCGCCAAGAUUGAACUCAAGCGGCAGGGCGUGGUCUUGGGCCAGAACUUGAGCAAGUACUUCUCAGAUGGGUCCAGCAAUACCUUCCCUGUGUGGUUUGAAUACCCGGUGCAGAUCGAGCCAGACACCUUCUACACAGCCAGUGUGGUGCUGGAUGGUAAUGAACUCAGCUACUUUGGACAAGAAGGCAUGACGGAAGUGCAGUGUGGCAAAGUGACUGUUCAGUUUCAGUGCUCCUCAGACAGCACCAAUGGCACUGGGGUACAGGGUGGGCAGAUCCCUGAACUUAUAUUCUAUGCUUGAACCGUCCCUUCCUUUAGCAGCUGUGAGGUGUCCAUCUAGGCCCUCCUUGCCUGAUGCUUAGCCCAUCUGCAGAUACGUGAUCAAUGCAGGUAAUUUGUAAUGAAUGAAGCAGUAGGCAGGUUCUAAUUUCUUUGAAACUUUUAAUUAUGUACAGGCUAAAAUGCAGCAUUCCGCUUUUAACUAUAUGCUUAGGAGAGCCAAGUUCUUACUCAGGCUAUGUGGUUUAAAGUUGCGUCUGUAUGCCUAGGGAGAUUACGUGCUUUUCAGGUGCCCCCCCAACCUCCCACUUUUGUACCUCUGAAGAAAACUUUGCAUCACCUUGAAUUUCCUUUGAUGAAUGGAAAUAUGUUGUCUAAAGUAAUAACAUCAACUCCUUUUUAAACAGAACUCCUUCCUCUCAAAAACAACAGCAAAAUAGGUAAACCUCAGUGUACAGUUUUGGAAGAAUGUUUGCUUUGUAACAAGGUAUUUAGAAUGUAAGCAGUGGACCAGUAGCCACGUUGGCUCUCUGUUUCUCAUAUUUGUUGUUUCCGAGCUUUGCUUUUUUAUUUUUUGUUUCCCUAAAUCAUACACUUGUUACAUACUAAGCAGUUCACUCUGUUAGUGUAAAAUAAGAAAGUAAAGAAUUUGGUGUUUGUUUAGGCCAGGACUUUUGCUACAAAGCGGAUUUGUGUUCUUUUAGUGUAGAGGACAAGAUAUAAUGCAGCACUUCUUUUAGAAGCAAUGAAAUUACAUUUUACUGUCAACAGAAAAAAAAAUUCAAUGACAAAUAAGAAUGCGGAGUUUGGAAAAGCCAUCCUUUUUUGCCAGGUAGCUUUGCAAUCCCCCAUUUUUGGCUUGUUUCUAAGUUAUACUGCACAGGAUUCCCGUUCCCUCUCUCCCCAUUAAAAGAGGACCAAACAGUUCUUUAGAGCAAUGGAGUUAGUUUUGUAGCACUACAUAUCAAUGUGGUAAAGUAGUUUUUUAAUUCAUUUUUUAAAAAUUGAAACAUUCUUUAUCUGAUCUUUGACCAUAGUUGAUCUUAUUUGUUGAUUAUGAAUGAGUCUGCUGUUUCUGGACUGCUAGAACCUGGCCUCUGGCCAUCUUAAAGUGCCAAUAUAUGCCUGCAGGGUUUGUGAGAAGUGGUUCGGAGUGACACUGGGUUCUACCUAGUAUUCACCACAUCAGCAUCACAUGCAGCUCUUAUUUGGCCAUGGUAAUGUAAACAAAGAGGGAAAAGCUCACAGUUGUCUCCUUCCAUGAUAGCUUAUGUUGGUUUAGUGCCUGUGACCCUGGCAGUGUCCAGUGUGGUCACUUACAGCUGAAAUAUCCAUGUGUUUCUGGGCAACUUUUCUGCUCAGUGUGAUCCUGAGAUGGCUCCCCCACCACCCAGAGUGUGGUCCCUGGCCGCCUCCUUCUCCUGCUCUGUAAGCCUGAAGCUGGCUUGUCUGGAGCAGGGGCUAGUCCUGGGGUGUGUGUGCCUGCGCAACAUGCGCGUGCAAGUGUGCUUGCCUACUCAGGAACUGCCUCCUCCCUGCCUGGCUAGUGGUGAGUGGGACAGGAAUGGUAUCCCUGCUGGUGCCAGCAAGGCCCAAUGAGUGACUGCUCCUACCCACUGUGCUUCUGGGCCACCUCUUUCCCUGCAGAUACGGGCUUGCGGCCUUCGGCCAGUUUCCCUGGUAGAGGAGAACACUGGAUUAUGGGAACUGUUUUAAUCAUUUUGCCAUUACCUGCAUCUGUCAAUGACAUGACCGAAAGCUGUUGUUACUGGUGACCAGAUGAGUACUCCCAGGACAGCUUUUCAAAAUUAUCUAACAAUUAUUUUCCUAAUAGGGAGAUGACAGGUGGUAGUUUUGGCAAAGCAUCAAUGAAGUAAAUGUACAUUGUAGGUUAAAAAUACUUCUACAAAGGUCUUGUUUUUAAAUUACAGUUAAAUAUUUCAGUAGCUCAUACCUACCAUGUAGAUUGGUAGGCCUGACUGGAAGGCACUUGCUUUUAAACUGAAGGAGAGAAAACUUUGUUUAGCACUGACUGCUUCCUGCCAGAUAGUUGAGCUGGGUGUAAAUGCCCUAGAGGGGCAGCAUCUGGCCCUUGCUGGCUCUCAGUGGUCCUACAACCGAGCUGCCCCUCACUCAGUUAGACAGCUGCUAGGCAAAAGCCAUGCAAGCCUGAUCACUGGGUGAUUGACCUGUGCUUCAAAACUGUGGGUUAGAAUUGGGACAGCUGUACCUAAAAUAAGAUUUUUUUUUUAUAUUCUGGACCCUGUUCUCCUUUCUACAUUUUUAGCAAAAUGAAAGCUAAUGUGCUUGCUCUAGUUUUCUUUGGUAAUUUUGAAUUUCCCUAGAUUUCGAAACUAGAAAACAUUGUUCCUACAAGGGAGGCAGCUCUAAUGUAUAAACACAACUUUGUUAAGCAGAAUGCACUGUAGAUGCUUUUCCCAAUGCACCUGGCGGUCUUUGUCAUUGUUCAUACUGGGGAUAAGGGUAACUAGGCUAGCAGUUCUAAUAUAACAUUCUUUAAUCACAUCUUAAAAUAGUAUUUAAGUAAAUUGUCUAAUUUCUACAUAAUUAUUGCACUGAACUGUCUUUUUUAUUUUAAAGGUGUUUAAAUAAGCUUAGCUAAUUCAAGACACUGUAGCCACUUAUGCACCAGUGUACUUGACUUCAGCAGCUUACAGCAUUAUUUAUGAAGGAAACUAUAUAAAUAUGAAGUACCUCAUGUUGGAUGUUAUUGUACUGUAUUUUUAUGUAACAGUGCAGACCUUGUUAGACACAUGAAUGUGUAUAAUCAUGUUAAAUGCAAAUAAAAUAAAACUGGUUCAUAGA